CGAGAAAAAUUGGAAAUUUAGAGGAACAUUCAAUCGACAAGACAAUCCUAUCGACGACCACCACGAAUUUGCGACCUUCGACCAAAUCUCGCAACCAUGGCCACCGAACUUACCGUACAAUCGGAGCGCGCUUUCCAAAAGCAACCUCACAUCUUCCUCAACUCCAAGUCGAAGACCAAGUCCAGCAAGGUUGGAAAGGGUGGCCGAAGAUGGUACAAGGACGUUGGAUUGGGAUUCAGAACCCCAAAGAACGCCAUUGAGGGAAGCUACAUUGGUAUGUGGACUUUUAUAUGAAAUUGUGGAAUAGCGAAGGAAGAAAAUAUGCGACACGAAUUUACGACUGGAUUAUUUUCUUGUGGGGUUGGGAUUGAAGAUUGAGGGUGCAAAAAUGAUAUGAGAGGCUCGCGAAAACUGAAUCGGAGUGGGCGAUGCUAAUAAGAAAUUUUCAACAGACAAGAAGUGCCCAUUCACCGGUCUCGUUUCCAUCCGUGGCCGUAUCUUGACCGGAACUGUUAUUUCCACCAAGAUGCACCGUACCCUCAUCAUCCGCAGAGAAUACCUCCACUUCAUCCCAAAAUACGCCAGAUAUGAGAAGAGACACAAGAACCUCGCCGCCCACGUUUCCCCAGCUUUCCGUGUCGAGGAGGGUGAUCAAGUCACAGUUGGACAAUGUAGACCAUUGAGCAAGACCGUACGUAACAAUUUGCGCAAAUACCUGUGUUUUAUUGAUGGGAUCAUGAUCACAUGUCCUUAUAUUCCUGCAAAGCAAGCAAGUCCAAUUUAACUAACCAAAUUCUGAUUAGGUUCGUUUCAAUGUUCUCCGUGUCCUUCCCCGAACUGGUAAGGCUGUUAAGUCUUUCAGCAAAUUCUAAAUGGGUUCUUUAUCGUACAAUGGGUGCAUGUGGUUUUCCGGGAUGCUGAUCAGGAGGGUUGUGAUCAUAUGAAUACUGGGAAAGCAGCAUGAAAAUCAUGUGCAGUAGCUACGAGAAGUAAAUUCAAUGCCACGACGUUCCAGACACAAGAUGAUGCGUUACUUGAAUCUUGAUGUGGAUUGAAUAUGACCAAGGAGAUGAAAUGAAAGAGAGGAUGCAACCGAACUUAACAAUCAAGAAUUGUUCUCAGCACUGAUCUUGGUAUGUGAUGCUAAAAUAUACACACAUUCUAGACGUGAAGAGUGAGAGAUGGGCAUUCAUUCGGCAUUCCACCAAAAGUUACACUUCUUAUUAUUGCAAAAGAGUAUUUAUUUCAAUGAAGCAGCAAGAUUUACC